UGGCAGUUUUCAGAAUUGGUCGCUAGUUAUGACACCCGGCUUACACGUACAUAUGGACACGUAGUCGUAGCUACGGAAGCAAUAUGUUGUCGAAAAACCAGUCAUAAAACUGUUUGCUCAGACGAGAAGUAUCAAAACGACGGAAUCUUUAUGGACCGGUAGUCUUCUGAAGUCCUCUUAAUGUUGGUCGUAUUCUAGUGUUUAAAUGGCUAGGUGUCCGUUAUAUCUCCCUCUGCCUGCAUUCUGGCACAUUAGCUUCCGACUGACCCAUCUGAGGCGGCAGACAGCAUGUGUCGCCCUCCUAGUCACAUGUCUCCUCAUCCUGUGUAUCUAUGUCUAUGAGACGAGCUCAUAUGGCCCAUCCAGCAGAGGAGACAGGGACUACGAGAACUACGUCCAGAAGUAUGUGCACGUGGAGGCAACCAAUACAGAGGAUCCCAAUCUUUACUAUGGGGUUGUGGUUGAUGCUGGCUCGAGUGGGACCAGGGUGUUCGUCUACUUCUGGCCCAGUCACACGGGCAAGAAUAAUGAGCUGCUGCAGAUACAUCAGAUGAGGGAUCCUAAUAGACAGCCAGUGGUCAAGAAAAUUAAACCAGGUUUGGCAGAACUAGCCAGCACCCCAUCUGAAGCAAGCAUCUACAUGAAACCAUUGCUAAACUUUGCUGUCAAUCACAUCCCAGAAUCCAAGAUACCAGAGACACCACUCUACAUCCUCGCUACUGCUGGUAUGCGCAUGUUGCCCGAAAGUCAAUCUCAGGCGAUCCUGGAUGACCUCAAGAAGGACAUCCCGCUGGAGUAUGGCUUCCUGUUCCCCGAGAAGAAUGUUGAAGUGAUCAGCGGGAAGCAAGAGGGUGUCUACGCCUGGAUCGGGAUCAACUACGUCCUGGGACGAUUUGAUCAUAGCAAUAAUGAUGAGCCUGUUGUGGAGGUGGAGCUACCCGGAGCCGAGACGUCUCCUCAGACGGUCUCUAGGAAGAGAACCGUUGGAGUCCUGGACAUGGGCGGAGGAUCAGCUCAGAUUGCAUAUGAAGUCCCCCAGUCUGUAAGCUUCAAUCUCGCUAGUCCACAGGAGGUAGCAGCAAAGGAAUUGAUGGCUGAAUUUAAUCUUGGCUGUGACCAGCAUGAAUCCGAUCAUGUCUACCGGGUCUAUGUCACUACUUUCUUGGGCUAUGGAGGUAACGCAGCCAGGUCUCGGUAUGAAGGUCUUCUCAUCAAUUCAACUCUAAGCAAUAAAGAUGAGAGUAAAUCUACCAUUGGGCUCAGCCCCUCCUCUCCGUUCCUGGACCCCUGUCUACCCUCCUCAAUGACGGAUCAGAUCGUCCGCGGGGGCAAGACCUAUCACUUUAAAGGGACGGGGGACUACGUGGCCUGCAAGGAAGUCAUGGUACCCGUCCUGGGCUCCAACAAGCAGUGCCAGAAGGAACCGUGUUCCCUUGGAGGGGUGUAUCAAGCCAAUAUUAACUUUGAUAACUCAGAGUUCUACGGGUUUUCAGAGUAUUGGUACUGCAUGGAGGAUGUUCUGAGGAUGGGCGGGGUCUACGAGUACAACCAAUUUGAAAAUGCAGCAAAAAAAUUUUGUGCCACAAGGUGGACAUUAUUACAAGAACAUCAUGAAAAAGGUCUUUAUAGCAAAGCUGAUGAACAUAGAUUAAAAUAUCAAUGCUUUAAAUCAGCUUGGAUAACAACAGUACUUCAUAAAGGGUUCAAAUUUCCAAAAGAUUACCAUUAUUUACGUUCUGCCAGCCUUAUACAUGAUAAAGAGGUCCAGUGGACAUUAGGUGCAAUACUGUAUAGAACAAGAUUUUUACCUUUAAGAGAGAUCCAGCAAGGUGCAUUCCAGAAGUCCUACAAGCCUCCUUGGAUCCGAGUGGCUGCCCCGUGGCUCUCAAACCAGUACGUCCUGGUCGUCUGCUUCCUGGUCGUCAUCGCCUUCAUCUUCAUGUACUCCCGCUGGCUGGGCAGGAUGAGGUCGACGUCGACCCCGGGGUUGACCAGGGUGCCCACCAUGGCUUACUUCAUGACGGAGGAAGGGCAGGUCCAGGACGGGGUCUAUGACGGGGUCUAUGAGAUGGACGGUAUCAAUAUGGGCUGAAGACCAAAACCCCUGAGAGGACAUGCCCUUCAGUUCCUGGUGCGGUGGUGGAUGUGUGAGUAGCCCAAGCAGAGUCGUUUGUGAAAUCGUUUAGUGGAAGAGAGUUUUUAAGAGGACGAUUGCAGCUAAGCAGAAAGGUUAAAUGAUUACUGUAUUCAUGCAAGAAUAUUAUGGGAAGUGUGGUGAGAAGACAGAAGAGUCGUUGGACAGGAUGUUAAACGGGCUGUAGCAUGAAGAGACUACGUGUCUUUCCUGUGGCCUGACUCGGGGCCAAUCGGGUACAAUACGACUACAGACGACGCGACCGCAGUAUUCACAUGCGUGCAACAUACACGAAACUGAAGCAUGAGGAGAACUUUGGUCUGUUUCGCGCCCUUCGCGAAACCCUAGUGCGCAGUGACCCAGUUUAUCAAGUCCAUUCGUUUACGUGCAGUUUUCCAAAAGAAUUUGUAGAUAGCGUUAACCAGUAUUUGCCAUGCUACAGCCCCUUUAAUAGAGAUAUCAUGAAAAACUAUUGUUGGAUUACCUAUCAGUGAAGAACAUCAGGGUUAUCAUCAAUAUAGAGCAUACUUGGUGCUUGUAUCAUGCAAGAGCAAUAGACUGAGUAGGGAAAAUGGACCAGGGAUGAAUUCUUGCUGAUGAGGUUUAUUUUUGUCCAACCUACCAGAAGGAUUUCUCAGAGGCCCUCCUCCUUGGAUGUCUACUAAAGGUCAGAUUACUCGAGAUUUGGACCAAGGUUAACAAAUACCAGCACAGUAUUCUGCAGGCCUGCUUAAACUCUUGAAAACUUCUGAACAACCCAAUACCAACCGCAACCCAGAUUCUGAUCAUAAUGUGUCAAAAAUAGAUUGAGUUGUGGCAGCAGGUUAUAUCAUUUGCUGUUGCAAGUUUGGUGCUUUACAUCAAAUCUUGAUCAGGCUUUCAGCCAGGAUUAGAGAAUUGGGGGUCAAAUUGAAAAAAAUUGGCAUCCAAAAUCUCUAGAGCACCCAUGUAGUGAAGCUGAUUAAAGGAAAUGUAGGGCACAUCCCUCUAGAAAUGGGUGUCUUUUGGAUGCCCAGACACCAUCCUGGCUGAAAACCUGCUCCAGAUGUCUGUCUGCCUCAGUCCGCAGACACGAUUUUCCACUUAAGUCUAGAUUUCACUUAAAGCCCCACUGCACUACUUAUAGCUAGUUGCGCCCUCUAUAUAGCAAACAAUGGUUUAUUGGUGACCAUUGGUCCCCCAUGAUCCUCUUUUUCUUAUGUUAAUUGAGCGCUGAUUUGAUGGCCUGUCAUUGACCAUGCAGGGAGGUCUAAUCCCUGCUAACCAAACUAGUGCGGCGGGGCUUUAAUUCUAGAGAAGAUUGGAAUAAGUUCCAGAAUAAAGUCAGAAUUUGUGAUGUGUCUACCCAUACUGCUCAUUCUGGCCUAAUAAAGAAGGUUGGCUAAAGAUGGAUUUUGAAUGAUUGUUAACUGUUAACAUAAUAUAAAAAGUCUUAAGGAUUUCAUAAUGGUAUAUUGCAAUUAUCUCAUGUUUUAUGUUUCUGAAUAAUGCUAAAAAGUACAAUUCAGUAUUAAUUGGUCUAAAUAAAAAAUAUUUUAUUGCAAUAAUGGGAAUGAUCUAUAGGCAGGCUGAAUCAUGAAUUUGUCUACUAUGUAGAUUGUAGCCCAUAAUGUGGAUUGGGAAAUACAUGUAAUUGCAUAGGUCAAAAUUGUGAAUAAGAUAUAAACAAGACAUAACGUCUUGUAGUGAAAUAAAUGAUGAAAAGUUACAGGGAAAUGAGAGAAAUGGAAGAAAAUGAGAUUAUGAAAUAAAACAUCCUGGGGACAAGGAGCAGCUAUUAAUGAAACAAGUGCAUUCUUAUAGGAAAUUUAAUCAGAACUUGUUGAUGAGAGAGUGAUUUAUGAUGAUGUCUUGACAUUAAGUGAAUUAUUUGCCUUUGAGCAAUCUUCAUGUGCUUCCAGUGAUUGAAACGCAGGUUACAUGUAGCUUGUGUCACAAGUACUACACAAGUAUAUUAUGAGAUACACCAAGCCAAGGGAGCUCUUGGACAAAAUCAUCAAUCAUGAUUGAUUAUAUAAU